AUGACGAACAUGACUGUUGAUGAUGGUGAUGAACCUGAAUUAUACUAUAAUGGCGCUAACAAAGCUCUUCAAGUAUGUGAAAUAAAUUCAAUUAUUAACACGUAUACUGAUGCAUCAGCUAAAGAUGUUUAUCUUCAACUGAAAGUAUUCGCACAUGCUAUUGAACUAAAAUUCCAAAUUUUCUCGUUUUCUGUUGGUAGAACAUCAGUAUUUGGAAAGCGUCAGCAACAAAGAGAUAUCGAUAAAAUACUAGAUGGUUCAAUAGAUGAUGAUCUAGCUACAGCUCCUUGUGAAUCAACAACUGGGUUAAAUACAUACCGAGAUGUUAAUCGAGCAACACUCUUUGUUAUUCAUCAUUUAUUUCCAUAA